AUGGCAGCUGCAAUACCACGUCAUCUUCUUGAAACUUUAGUUAAUUGCCCAUCGUGUUCACAACGUUACACAGAGCCGCGAGUUCUUCCAUCAUGUGGCCAUACGAUUUGUUCAAUUUGUCUUGAUAACGAAUGGAAAGAAAAAUACAAUCGUUUUUGUCCAGUAAAAACUUGUCAUAAAGAAAUAUGUUCAACGAUAGGCAAUUUAACCGAUUUACCAUUGAAUCAGACUGUUCUUGAUCUAAUAAAAUCAUGCAAUUUCAAUGUCGAAGCCAAUGGUAAAUGUCAAGUUUGCAAUCAAUCUCCAUCAUUUGUUAAAUGUUCACAUUGCUGUUUAUAUGUUUGCUUUGAAUGUGCCAAUCAACAUAGACGCGAAACAUUAACAAUAUUAACAAAUAAUAUCAAUACAUUAGAACAAGAAUAUUUGAAUAUGAAUGAUUAUAUUAAUCAUGCAAGAGAAAAAUUAACUGAAACUCGACAAAACUCUCUUGACACUAUACGAAAUCAUUAUACGCGUUUAAUUGAAGAACUGCGUCAUGCACAAGUAACAAAUGAAGAACUUGUUGAACGGCAAGCUGUAACGUGGAAUAAUGAGUUAGAAUUAGUUAUUAAUGAAUAUAAACGACGUUGUGAGGAUAUUUCUACAACAAUACAAGAAUUGCGAACAACAAUAACAGAUUGGUCGACGAUUGAACAAUUUAAACAAUUACAAAUGAAACUCAAUCAUUUAGAAGAAGAUAUUCGAGAAGCAAAUGAAAUCUUUCAUGAACGUUUACCGGAUAUGAAAAUAUUUGAAGUUGAUCAUGAUGAUAUUCAAAAGAAGAAAAAGAAGAUCAAUCAAAUCGAUUCACCAUCUCAAACGGAUGAAUUAAUUUUAGGUAAUGGCAAAAAUCAUUUAUCAAUUUUGUCAGGUUCAAUACGAAUUCAGCAUCUUGACGACUCAACCAGUUCAGCGUCGUCUUCAUCCAAUAAUGAACCAGUUCAACCUUUAACAUCUAACCAUGGUCGAAUAUUAAAAAAGAAACCAACUAUUAUAGGAAAUCAUUAUAAAUCUUUGAAUACACUUGCUAAUCAUCAUCACCAUUCAACAAAUACAUCUGACAAUCGUACUCAUCCUAAUGAUGUACUCGAACAACAACAACAACCAUUAUUAUCAUCACCAAGAACUACUAUCAAUCAUCGUUCUCAUCCACCUGUUUCGAAUCAUUCACUGUCAAAAACAAUUUCGAAUUCUAUUGCUGAUCUUUCUUUAUCGACGAAUAAUAAUUCAAAAACAUGUUCAACGCCCGUUCGUGUAUCAACAUUUCAGUCAAAAUUAGAUUAUUGUAAUAAUGAAUGUUAUAAAAAAAUUCCUCUAUCACAAAAUUAUGAUUGGGGAAUGUUAGCUAUAACAAAUACCGAUUUAAUCUUAAUGUACAAUAAAGAUAAAAACUCAUUAGUAAUAUUUGAUUCUAAUGGACACGAGAAUGAAAGAAUUCAAUGGUCUGAUGGUGAAAUAAAAGAUUUAUGUAUUUAUCACGAUGACAGUAUAAUCAUCAUAGGCGAACAUAAACAAGCAUCAUCGAAACCACUUGAAUGUAAAUUGUAUCUAUGCAAUUUAACACGCAAACAGCUUGAACGCGAACGUGUUGUUGAACGUGGUCUUAAUUCUCAGCGUGUAACAUCUGAUGAAAAAUUGAUUUUUUAUGGUUCAGAAAAAGGUUGUAAUAAAUCAAAAGUAUCUGUAUUUGAUCAUGAUUUACAAGUACAGUUAACUUUUGAAUGUGGCGUUGAAAUACGAAGUUUAGUUGUCGAUGCACAAUAUUGCUUCAUAUUAGGAAAACGACGUGAACGUGAGCCAGGAAGAUAUUUUGUUGAAAAACGUCAAAAACAUGGUCAACUUGUUCGUCGCAUUGAUUUGUACAAGUUAAAUGUUGAUAAUGUCAAUCGAUUGAUUAUUGAUCCAAUCAGUGGUGGUGUUAUUGUAACCGACGGAGGCAACAAGAAGAUUUGGGCAAUUGGAUCGGAUGGCGAAAAGAAAUCUGUACAAUAUCGGCCAUGGCCAUGGAGCGUUGGAUUUUUAACUACAGAUACAUUAGUUAUUCUACAUGCUGGCUGCUUAACUUUUCAUAUCGUUAAUCAUAACAAACAAAUCAAUAAUGGAACUAAAAUUCGAAAUAUUAUUACGAACGCUGAAAAAGUUUGA